GUCAUCACUUGCAGCUGUCAUUUUGACCGAACAAACAAAAAACAAAAAAUCCAACAAAGAUAAUUUUGCAUUUCCAGCUUUUAUCUAUAAAAUUUACAAUUUGUGUAAUAUUUCCUUAAAUCUAUUAACAAUCAAUGAAACAAUGAAUUGAUUUCCCCUUCAAUAAUGGACCUCUCCCCAUCAGAAUCGAUUGAUAAUAAACCCCAACAAAUUAAUCCAAACAAUACAUCAUCUGAACCUGGCACUGGCACAUUGACAGUCGACCAACUUGAUAUUGAACUUUUGCCUGUUAUCUACGACAUCAUUCGUUGUGUGGAAAAGGAUCCUCUUGACAACGCAGCUAAACAAAGAGAAUCCCAAGAGUGUAGUCAAAAGAUUCUAGAAUUACAAAAACGAUUCGAAAGUGCACGCAAUCAAAUCAAACAAUUGCCGGGAAUCGAUUAUAAUAAAGAAGAACAACUCCAAAAGCUUGAGCUCCUCAAGAGCCAACUUAAAUUGAAACAACAAUUAAUAAAGAAAUACAAAAAUAUACAAUUCUAGA